CAUUUCAGUUCAUUCGUCCAAACGUUUUCAUACUUCAUUUUCGUAUGUAAUCAAGUCACUUAGCUAAAUAAAGUUUGGUGAAUUGUGAAAAAUAUUGUGUUGUGAUGUGAUGGAUAAUGUGGUCGCCAUAGUCGGACUGAUCCCUUGAACCACGGAGUCAUUGUUGCUGUUGUCGUACGUAAUGUUCAGUUCAGGGUGUAUGAAAUAGCUGUCAAAGGAGCAGUUGAUCAUCAAAACUUUAAAUUUGGUUUCUAACAACUCUCUCAAAAAGAACUUAGUGAUAAAACGUUUGUGUAAUAUACAUCAUUUCCUUUCGGAAAUUUCAUUAAUAAUAGGUUAAUUCCUUGCAAUGGCUCAAUACUAUCAAAUAGUUGGGCAAGGACAUUCAUUGACUCUUGAGGAUCUACAGAGAUAUAAUUUAAUAUGUUCUGAUGGCAUAAUAGUCAAUCAAGAUGAUCAGCAGUAUGCACAGCAGCAGGUGGUUGUUCAACAAGCAGAACAGCCAAAUGACAUAAUAGUAAAUGACAAUGUCCAACCACAAUUGGUUGUUGGGGAUGCACUGCAGUAUCAACAACAGUAUAUUAUACGUCAUGAGCCACCACAACCACCACCACCCCUUCGUACUGACUUUCAACAACAACAGCAGCAGCAGCAGCAGCAGCAGCAGCAGCAGCAGCAGCAGCAGCAGCAACAACAACAAGCUCUUCAUAGACAACAGGUUUACUACACGUCUGAGGCUCAGGUUGUGUUGCAACAAGCUCAGCAGAUCAUUGAUGCAUCUAUGAUGCAACAGUCAUCUACACAACGCCCCCAACAUCUGGUGAGUCCUGCACAUGUGUUGUCGCAGCCCACUGUGAUACAUCCCGCGCAGCAGCCGCCGCCGCAGCCGCCACCCCUACCGCCGCCCGCUCAACAUGGACCUCCACCAACUCCACCACAACCACAACAACAACUGUCCCGUGCGUCGCCUCAGCUCAUGCAGCACCUACAGCAGCAUCAGCAGCAGAUCCACUUGCAGCAGCUGCAGCAGCAGCAACAGCAGCAACAACUGCAGCACCAGUUGCAACAACAACACAUGCAGUCUCAGCAGAUACAGCCUCAACAGAUUCAACAAAUAGUAAUGCACGCGGCUUACGUCAAUCAAGCUGGAACUCCUACCCGACAAACUCCGCCGAGGUUGCUUAACCCGGGCUUAAACAACAGCGGAGGAUUGACUUUGGUUCGCACGGCCGCGCGACCUGUGCGCCCGCGCAGGCCCGCCGCGAGGUCUCCCAUGCCUACUCCACCACUAGUGCAGCAACGCCUACUAACGCCACAACUUCAACAGGCUACCGCAGCCGGGGUGGCGGGCGCGAACUGCGGGCGCGGGAUGGGCGUGGCGGGCACGGUGACGAGUGUGGUGGCGGGCGGGCGCGGCGCGGGCCGGGGCGCGCGGACGCCGCGGCCCGGCUCGCCUCGCGUGCUCAACCCGCACGCCGCGCACGCGCAGCACCGCCCGCCGCGCCCGCGCACUCCUCAACUCGCGCAGCAGCAGCACCAGCUCGCGCAGCACGUGCUCAACCAUCCGCAGCAGGUGCAGCAGCUCAACCAGCUCAAGCUUGCCACACAACAGCAACAAAUUUUACUGAAUCAACAAAAUCAACCGCACACACAGCAAUCCACACGUAUAAUUACCCCACAAGGAACUAUCGUGACGCAAACAUUGAGCCCGGCGGCUCCACAUCACACCGUACAGCAAGCAAACCAAAACAACGGGCCUCUGCCUCAACCCGCUCUAAACGCAACGCCACAGCGUGCUUCGCCACAUCCCCAGCAAAUUCAGCAACAAGUCAAGAAGGUUGUUGUUCAACCAAACAAUGCUAACGAUAUGGACGAUCUCGAAGAAAGUAUAAAGGCUGCAAUUGUUCAGAAAAACCCUACUGCUAACGAAACAACGCCGUCUCAAUCGUUUCAAACACCCCCACCUGCGCUGAGACAAAAUCCUGGAGGACUAGCUUCGGGCCCACAUAAUGCACCACAGCAACACCAAAUAAACUUCAGUCCUCAAGCUUUUCAACAGCAACAAAUUACUUUUGAACAUGUUCACGUGCAACAGCAACAUAACCAGCAGCCGCAACAACAAAAUCCUCAGCAGCAGCAACCGCAGCCGCAACAACAACACCUACAGCAACAGCCGCAGCAACAACAGCCGCAGCAGUCACAACCAAUGAUAGGUCAAUUAUUAAUGGAACCUGACAAUGAGGAAGAACGACAGAUCAUAACACUGUCUAGCGGGCAAAGGAUUUCAGUUGCUGAAUACAAGCGCAUUCACCACUCACGUAUGUCGCAGCAGCAGCAACAACAACAACUGCAGCAACUGAGGGAAAGCGGUCGACAAACUCUGGUGAGAAGUAAAGAACAACAGAGGCCUGUGCAAAGAGUGCCUCCGAUGCAAACACAGCAACAAUCCAAUCAUCCAGCAGAAAGCAGUGAAUCAGUGGGUGGACCGUCUGAGCAAACAUCGGAACCGCAAUCGGCAAAAAUGUUGAUUUUCUUACAAAAUGGAGAACAGAGACUUAUUACUUUCACAUUGCCUAAAGAAAGUUGCACACUUCAGGAAGUUCUUGAACAGUGUCAUGUUCCUUUUACGGCAGAUACUCACAUACAAUGUAUGCAAAACAAUAAUAGUGAAAUAGAUUACUUUGUAUCAGUAGGUUCAACUACAAGAAUAGAAGAGAUGCUAGAAAACCACCCAAUGUUACUUGGGGAUAUAAGUAGUAGAAGCUCCCCUAAUAUAUUAUCACAACCUCAGAGUAGUGAAAUGUCUACUCCAGAAAAGGGGCCAUGUCCUGAUAAUGUAAAUAAUAGUCCUGAAUCUCCAGAACAAAGAUCGCCGCCUCCACGGUAUGUGGACGGAAUGUUGGCACUCUGUAAGUCUUGUGGCUAUACGGGCUGCGACUUCAGCCGCUGUCAAAGGUGUAAACGAGUUUUCACAGAGGAACCUAAAAGUGUACCAAUAGCUAGUAAGAAAGUAGAACAAAAGAAAAAAGAACCGGAAAAGCCAUUAUUAGAAAAGCAGAUCACUUGUGGUGAAAGUAUAAAAUUAAAUUUAUUGAAAUCGACAGUGAAAACUCUAACUGCUAAAAAUGUUGUGCAAGAAAAAAAACCAGCCAGAGUUAGAAAGCCUAGAGGAAAGCAACCUGACCCUGAACCAGUUAUAUUGACAUUGAGCUCAGACGAGGAAGACUCCAAUAGUUCUAUGAUCAGUAACCAGCAUGAACAAUCAAUUAAUACGAAAGAACCUUCCCUGAGUGAAAUUGAGGGCGGCACUCCAGAUAGCGGCAUCGGAAUGGAUCACAUGGACGAUGAAAGCAGAGAAGAGUUUUCCCAGAAUUUACAAGGUGUGGAAGCCUAUCUCAACUGUAGAACAAUAAGAAUAGGUUCAUACAGAUAUACACCAAAAGAGAAGGUCCACAUAUCAAUAAGGGGUAUUAAGAUUGUUGCACCAUCUUUAAAAAAUGAAGCACGGGAGGUUGCCCUUCAGAUACCAUUGAAGGAGAUUGUUAGAAUUUUAGUGCAUUUUGGAAAAGGGUUACCAGUUGUUUUUUUGUAUACUAUGAACAAAUGUGGUGUACACAUAAGGAAGGCAUUAGAUAUGGUGGAUGAGUCUGGUUUUUAUUAUAAUCCUAUGGCAAAGGAAGACCCUUACAAAAGGAUUACUUUAUUACCUGAGGUAAUAACUGAAGAAGCAAAACUUACCUUCAAGGCACUAUUUGGCAAAGUAAUGGAUGAAUUAACUAAUAGAGAGGCCAAUGAAAUCCUUAUUAGAACUUGUCCAAAGGAGAGUAAUAAUGUCUCAAAAUUGACAACAAGAUCCAUGAGCGCUGCUUCCAUUGCUUCAGGAGCGAAAAGUUCUAAUCCUGCUGAGAUACGUCAGAUUUUAAUAUACCCUCCUGGAAAAGGAGGCAUCCCAAUUAAUACAGAAGAUUACAUGUGCCUAGCCCAGGACCAGUUCCUGAAUGAUGUUAUCAUAGAUUUUUAUUUAAAACAUUUAGUUCAUGAUGUUUUAACUCACAGUCAGAGAGAAAAGACUCAUAUUUUUAGCACAUUUUUUUAUAAAAGGUUAACAACAAAACCUAGCAAAGUGAAUAAAAACUCGAAUCCUCACGAAUGGGAUAGUAAUUUAACACCAGCUCAAAAACGGCACGCAAGAGUGAAAACGUGGACAAAAAACGUCAAUAUAUUUGAGAAAGACUUUAUUGUAGUUCCUAUUAAUGAAAAUUGUCACUGGUUUGUGGCAAUUAUAUGUUAUCCUAGCUUAGAGGGGUGUAGGAGUAUGAUUGACAACAGAACAGUUAUUCCACAACUAAUUAAAAAGAGAGAGCGCAGGUCGUCAAUGCAGAUAGGCAGCACAACUAUUACACCAUUAACUAAACAGGAACAAUUAACAUUAAAUUGUGAUUCUGACAAUCUUAGUGAAAGGGAUGAGGCUGAAGCUGAGGAAAGUGAUUUAGAUAUGCAGUGUGACACCGACGAUGAAGAACAAGAGAAACCUCUGCCUGAAAAAAAACCGGAAGUGCCUGUUGUUAGGAAAAAUGAACCAAUUAAACAGCCUUGUAUACUUAUUUUUGACUCAUUAGCUGGUGCAUCCCGAUCUAGAGUUGUGGCGACGCUACGUGACUACUUGACAUGUGAACAUCAGGCAAAGACAUCUAAAAGCAAAGUAUUUAAUAAAGACAACAUCAAGGGAAGCUGUCCAAAAAUUCCACAACAAAAUAAUUUUACUGAUUGUGGAUUGUAUCUAUUACAAUAUGUGGAACAAUUUUUUAAGGACCCAGUAAUGGAUUAUACAUUGCCCAUAAAGCAAUUAGCCAAUUGGUUUGAUGAAAUAGUUGUAACAAGAAAACGAGAAGAAAUAUCGAACUUACUGAAAACUUUAAUGCACAAAUUCAAUCCAGAUUCGCAUUUAGCUUUGCCUGACAUCACAUUCCCAACAUUAAAUGGUAAAUUAAUUGAAACAGAAGAACAGCAGGAUGAAGGAUCAGAUGGUGAUAAGGGUACUUCAAGUUUAAAUAAAGUCCAAAAAUGUGAAGGCAAGGACACUGAAGGUCCAACCAUUACCUUUGUGAAACAAACAUCUACUGGUGAAAUAUUAGUGAAACGGAAUUAUGUUGACUCCUCUGAUACUAUACACCUUAGAAAAACUAUAAGAGUUAGUGAUAGUGAAAAUAGGUCUGUUGUGCAAAUAAAGCCAGAAUUUGUGAAGAACAGUGAAAACCAAAUUAUUUAUAAACUGCACACUAGUGAUUUGGUUAAAGACAUUCAGAACACUUUAAUAGUAAAUAAGAGUAAAACUUUAAAUGACAAAAAAUAUGGUGUACAUAAUCAAAAUGUAUCCAGUGUGAACUGUGUUCGGCAAAAUGUUAGUGAAAAUGAGAGUAAUAAUUCCUUUCUCAAAGGAAGACGAAUAAAUAAAUUAGAAGAUGUCAUGUCUGACUCUCAUAAAAGGUUUAAAAGAAAUGAAUGUUAAAUUAUUCAUGUAAAUUUAUUUUAAUAAAAUGUAAAUAUUAGUUAAUAUUAUUUACUAUUUAAUACACUAUCUUGUUUUAUAAAGGUAAUGUAAAGAUUUUAAGAAUAAUGUAAUAUAGCUAAUAUAGCUUCACAUAAUAACUA